UCACUUUCUUAUAUCUAUGAACAGACCAUACAUGCUUAUAUAUUGUUUGUGGAGGGGAGAACAUGAACAUUUAACAUAAACAGGUAAAGACCUGAGUCGUGGUUAAGAUUUAUAUAGACUAUCGUUUGUAGAAGAAUUAAUUACAUGCAAGAAUUUUAAUUUUAUCUAAUAAAAUUUUGUGUCAGGUUUCAUGAUUGUGUUCGGCAACUGAUAAUGAGUUUAUUUGUCUUAAGGCUGCCACCAAUAAGGCAAUCAGUUAUCCGACACCAUGUUCAUGCCUCUCCCAUAACUCCGCAAGCUAAGGAAGUACAGAGUAGAAUGCGAGUCAGUUUUAGUUAAGCUCUGAAGAAGCCAACAGAAUGAUUGGCCCAAUGUUAGGAAGUUCGAUUCAUCAACAACCGACACAGGAGGAAUCCACAAGUUUUGUGUGAUAAAAACUCGCGAGACAUCUCGUAUAGUUAUUAACAGUAAAUUAAUUAUGUACACAUAUAUGGCAAUUUAUCGAUUAUCGAUUAGUAUCGUUUUAACCAUCAAUAAUUUUUUUAUUAUAAUAAUUGUCACAUUUUGCCAUCUUACUCAAUCGUCUUUGCAUGAAUGAGCGUGUUUAAUUCUUAACAACAUGGAAAAGUCGGGGUCGAAACUAUUCAUACAUAUACACUCAGCGUUCUCGUGCACUUUCACUUUUUUGACGUGCAAAUUAAUCCAUUAGGUACUUAGCUCCGCCACGAAUUUUAAGUGCGCCUUAAAAUGAAAGUGACCAUUUCUUUGAUUCUUCUAAUAGCCUACAAUUUCCCAUCUAACGAUGCCGCUCUCACGAUUGUGCGUGAUUUGGUGCAGUUCAACCUAGCAGGACACCCAGUUUUGCAUAAAUCAAUGCCUUGGCCGUUUGAUCCAGAAAUUGGCAUCAGACGCUCGAGACAGUACCAGGAAUUGAAUGGAAUUUUGGGAGAAAGCCACAUAGAGAGGUUAGGCUUGGGAAUAGAUGGAUAUGAUCGUGAAAGGUUGGCGGCACAACGGGCUAGAGAUGAUGGCCAUUUAGGGGGAGUCGAUUAUCUCACUCCAUGAACAUCAAUGUAAUUGCUGCAAUUUUAAUAAUAUUAAUUACAUUUAGAUUUUGAGUGUUGUUUUAUUUAGAUAUUAUAUAGUAUUCAAAAGUUUCCCCACGAAAUACACAGGGUAACCCAAGCAUGUCGAAAUAUUUAAACAUUACUUCAUUACCAUCAUAAAAGCUCCGCUAUU